AUGAUCUCACCUACCGCGGAGGAUUAUUUCCUCACAAACCAGCCGAGCACGUCCUCGGGACCACUCGUUCCAGAGAAUGUUAGUGUCGCCCCUGGACCAUCUGACGUCGGAAUCGACUACCGAACAACGUUCACAGAUGGGCGAACACCGGUGAUGAUAUCAUCAAAACAUCUCAAAAACCAUCCACUACAUGUACCAACUGGAACUUCUGAAGUACUGACCUUUUAUCCAACAAUGGAGGAAUUCAAAGAUUUCAAACAAUACAUCAAAAAAAUUGAAUAUCAUGGAGCACAUUUGAAAGGCGGUGUUGCAAAAAUUGUGGCUCCAGAGGGAUGGACACCACGGCCUUCGAAAAGCUGUUUCUCCGACGUUAAAAGUUACGAAAUCAAUCAACCUGUGAGGGAAACGAUAGAAAUUACGGAAAAACCAGGAACUUAUUUCAAAAGGAACGAGACGUCACAUCGUAAAAUGAAGGCAGGGGAAUUCGAGAAAUUAGCAAAAUCUGCAAAGUUCCGGAACCCAAAACCAAACCUCACAGGAAUCGACAUCGAGAAAUAUUAUUUCGAAAACAUACUUGAAGGUACACCAAUAUACGGUGCUGAUACUGAAGGAAGUUUCUAUGAUGAAGGAAUAGAAGAGUUCAACAUGAACCAUCUUGGAACUGUUCUAGACGAUGCGAACAGCAAAAUAAAAGGAGUGAAUACUGUCUAUUUGUAUUUUGGAAUGUACAAAACAACGUUUCCAUGGCAUGCCGAAGAUAUGGACUUGUACUCGAUCAAUUUCCUUCAUUUUGGAGCUCCGAAAUACUGGUUUUCCAUCAGUUCAGAGCAUGCUGAUCGGUUUGAACGAUUCAUGAGCCAACAGUUUUCGGAUCAAGAUGGAAAGGCACCAAAGUGCAAAGCUUUCCUUCGUCAUAAAACAUUCAUAGUGACUCCGGAACUCUUGCGAGCAGCCAAAAUACCGUAUGCUACAAUGAUUCAACGCCCCAACGAGUUCAUAAUAACUUUUCCACGUGGCUACCAUAUGGGAUUCAAUCUGGAUUAUAACCUGGCCGAGUCCACGAAUUUCGCUACCGACAGAUGGAUCGACUAUGGAAAAGACGCAGUUCUGUGCGAAUGCAAUAAAUCAUCUGUAAAAAUUGAUAUGCACUGCUUCAUGAGUCAGUAUCGACAACAUGAAGUCAUCCCUUGGGUGGAUUAUUGGUAUUGCCCCAAAGACGAUAAGAAAGGAGUUGCAAAGAAGAGAAAAGCGCAGGAAAAUCGAAGUCCUGCGAAAAGAUCCAGAUUGGGAGUGUCUUCUUGCUCGGAUAGUUUGGAAUCCGUGGCAGAGGUGUCUUCCUUCAUGCGAUCUCUACCUGGUUACACAAUGGAUCGAGUCGAGUUCAGACCUGACUAUGAUGAACUGCUCAAGCUACAAAAUAAAAAAGUGUCCUUUGAACUCCGAUCCAAUAAUCGUGUGAAUUUUUUCUUGGAACGUAGAUACAACGAGCUCAGGAGUGUUGAAUGGCCGCACUGUUCAGUUUGUCAAUAUUUCCAACCGAUUCAUAUGACGACAAGAAAUGCCGAGCUUCCUGUUAUGUCUCGCCGGUUGAUACCUUCGUCAGUUUUUUCAAAAACACCCGAGCUUACCGAUCCGGAAAAAGAAGAAACAGAUCGAUUGCUAACAUGCUCAAAUUGCAAUGUUACAGUACACUCGAAAUGCUGCUCGGGAGAUCACCCAAAUGAAAAUGAGCAAUGGAGAUGCCUUCGCUGUAGGAAUCACACAGAUGUCGAAAUUAGAUUGGCAUCCUGUCAGCUUUGUCAGUAUCGAGGAGGAGCUCUCAUUCCGUGUCAAAUCGGAAAAGAUUCCACAUGGGCGCAUGUGGAGUGUGCACUUUUCAACAGACGAACUGUAUUUGAUCGUCCUAUCGGUCCAACCGCUUGCUUUGUUGAACCAAGUCCACGUCAACACUCUAUAACUGCUUCUAUGCCAAACAUCGAUGAAGAAUACCGAAACGAAUAUGGAGACCUGUAUGAGCACUCUCGAUGGAAUUGCGUCGUAUGCAAACGGAUUGGCGAAGGUCUUGUUCCAUGUGUGCAUUGCCAUGAGGAGGUUGAAAACACGGCGAUUGCUCCAAUAGUGGCACAUGUUACAUGUGCUCGUCGAGUUGGAUUCGUUUGCGAAUUACGAGACUUUCCACGAGGAGUCGUCAUGAUUUGUGGGAAUCACAAGGACUCUUUCCGCGAAUCCAAACCAGAGACUCCCGUAGUAAAAGUGAACAUAGGUGGUCAAGUGUUCUAUGAAGAUAAGCAAUCAGCUUCUGACCGCAAAGUUUAUGUACCCGGCACGAUUAUCACAGCAGAAAGUAAAAAUACUGUUGUGGUCGACUUUUGGGACAACAGUUGCAGUCGAGAUGUCCUCGCUGAAGAUAUCAAAUCGUGUGAGUGCUUGCACUGUGAGAAUGGAGCGCAUCAGUAUGGAUCUAGAGUCAACGUUCUAUGGGACGACGGAACAGUGUACGCCUGCUACUUCCGAGGCAAGAGCCACGUGAUGGAAUAUACGAUUGAUCUCGGAAACGACCGCCAAGUAAAAUGCUCUCGAGACAAAAUAAAAACCAAGAGAGAGUUGAAUAACUUUAUGAACAACCGCUUUAUUGUACCCGCCUAA